AGAACAUGACAACUUCAAUAAUGAGCACUCUACUUCUUGCCUUCCUUGCCAUUUCAGCAGAAGCAAGAACCUUAUCAGACUGGCAAAACAAAAUCUCCAUGAUUACUGACUAUGGAAGGCAUUCAAGAUCACCACCACCACCUCCAAAGUCAUCACCCUCACCCCAUCAACUGACAACCGGUUACCAAAAGACCCUGCCAUCGCCUCCACCGCCACCGAAUCCAUCAUCAUCACCAGACCAACUGACAGAAACUGGAGCUCCUUGCGUUGCAGGAAGUACUCCAUGCAAAAUGGUAAUCACAAUGGUAACUGAUUAUGGAAAGAGGCCGACACCAAGCGCCCCUCCAACUCCGAAGCCAUCACCAUCGGAGCAUCAAGCGAGUGUCGAGCAAUUGUUACCUAAAAUAUCUUCUCAUUAUUAUUAUGAAGCUUCAUCUUGACUCAAGAGUGAUUCAG